ACGUGGAAUACCCUCUAGCAAUCUUGAUACGAUCAGGCUUGAGCGGUAUUUUGAAAGAUUGCUAUUGCAUCCCUUCCCUUCCGUCAUGCCACGAAAGGGUGCAAGUGCCGCAUUGGAGCAAGAAACUUCACUUUCACAAGCUGACACAGAACCACUUUCAUUCGAAGACGAAGAAAACGAAACAACAGAACUAAACGGCAAAAUGACUGAUUUAGUGGAUGAAGAUGCUCCCGGAAGCAUACAAGCUUCUCUUGCCGAUACAUCAAUGGAAGACAUCAACGCAAAUACAGCCACUUCAAAUCGACUGACCGGCAAUGCAAACGAACAGGAUGAAGAAGGAGAUGAUGCGGAUGCAGUCGGAUCUGAUGAGGAGGGUACGAUGAGAGGUGAAGAGGACAAUUUCGAAGAUAGUAGAGCACAGGACGCAACGAAUGAAGAAGAUGCAGGCGCAAUGCAACGGUCUAAUACUGGCGCAGCAUUCAGCGAUGAAAGCGAAUUGACAGACGAAUCUGAUGAUGACGAUGAUGCAGAAGGUGAAGUAGAAGAGGAAGACGACGAUGACGAAAUGGGAGGCGAUGAUGAAGACGAUGAAGAUGAGGAUGCAGAAGGCGAAGAUGAGGAAGACGAUGAAGAUGAAGCAGCGAAAGGACUAGCAGCAUUAACUGCUGCAGCAGAGCAAGAUGGCGCUGCUCAAAAUGCUGGAGCAGAGGUAACAAGCGGCCUGGAUGGCCUCGCAGUCCUUGCAGCAGCCGGUGCUGGUGACGCCGAUCAGCUCAACGCUGAUGGCUCAGAUUCAGAGAGUGCAACAUCUUCGCGAUCUCCGUCCACAAUACAUUCGCGACACGGACGCUUGGCAGCCAAACCCAGACUAGGAUCUCGGUUGAAUGAGGUCAUGCUUGCUUCUGAGCCCACUUCUGAUCAGGAUGAUUUAGAAGAUGGAGAAGAGGAAGAUGGUGCAGGAGAGAAUGACUUGGACGAUAAUCAACAAGAUGGUGAAGAUGAUGAAAGCCAGCAAGGCUCACAAUUAAACAAGAGACCCAAAAACCAUAGUCGAGAAAUGUCUUCCCUCGGCCAUCUUGCAAGUGCUGCAAAACGUUCAGCUACCCGUCCCGGUCCGGCUGCCGGUCUUUUGGCAGGUGCACCUUCGAUCACAAUCGAUGAAGCACCAAGCGGUGCUGCAAGUGUUGCAUCCUCACGUGAAGCAUCACCUAAGCUUGACGAUAAAGAGGAUGAAGACGGAGACCAAAAGGGCGCAAAAGGCGAUGAAGAAGACGAAGAUGAGAAAGACAAAGAGGUUUUAGAAACCCCAAUUCUAGAAACAGAAGAAGCUGUCGCGGAAGAGGAAACGUCCACCGACGAAGCGGCUAUCAGAAGGCAAGAAGCGAUGGAAGCACUUACAAAGAUCGAGAUUGGGUUUGCUGUCUUACGCGAUAAACUAUACGUCGAACGAAUGGAUGAAAUCAGUAAAGAGAGUGAGAUGAUCUUAGAGGGAACACAUCCUGAUCUCAUCUAUUUGACAAAUUUCAUCGAGGCACGAAGAGAAAGACGACUGAAAUUGGUCGAAAUGUGGUUUGAAGAACAGCAAAAACAAUAUGAGCGCGUUGCACAUACGGAAGAAGCAGCCACAUGGAACAAUUGGAGAAACGAGGUUGUACAAUUGCGCAAGGAUAAGUUGGACGACGUUUCCCGUAAACGAAGAAAGUUGGAUCGCGAGAAGAGGACAUUGGAUGGUCCACGACCUGCCAGAAGGCAUCAAAUUUUCGAGACAGAGCUCGUGCGAAAUCCAGAUUACGAUGCUAUACAAGCAAAGACAUAUGGUCAAGGCAAAGCGAAGAGAAAAAGCGAUCCACGGCAACAAGAAUUGGAGGAUUUGGAAGAGAUGGGCGCCUAUGUUGCUUAUCCUGAUUUGCGAGGCGCAGAAGAAGGUGAAGCAUGGAUGGAUCUGGAACGGAUGGGUGUUCAGCCUGAUGUUCGUCUGAUGCCUGGAAUGAAUUAUUACAGAAUGGACGAAAUGGGUGUAGAUCCGUACGGGAACAUGUACGUUAUGGAUGGUGGUGCUCAACAGCCCCCACCCGGUAUGGAAUUGCUGCCACCUUUUCCCGGCGGUCCUGCGCCUGGCGGUAUGAUGCUCGAAAGGGGAGGAUUUGACGGUCGCGAUCGAGGUAUGCAACCUGGCAUGGUCGUUGACGGUUACGGUCCUGCCCCUCCGGCAAAUCAAUUCGGUGGACCUCCCCCACCUGGUCCACGUGGAAAUGGUGGGCCAAGAAUGCAGAAUGACAAUGGGAUGGGAGGUGCAUCUUCUUCGAAAAAGCGAGCGGGAACACCUUCAGGUAGUAACAGAACUCCAAAGCAAUCGGGAGCAAUUCUUGACGAUCGUCGAAAGAAUGAAGGACAAGGUAUGAAACGACCCAGAUCUCCAGGACAAGCUCCUGGUUCUAGAAAGCCAGUCGGAGCUGGGCCAGGCGGACCAACAUCAAAUCCCAACAGAAAUGUCUCUCAAAAUGCAUCACAAAGGAAUUUCGAUGGUAUGAUGCAAGGUGGUAAGAUGCCUUAUCCUGGCGGAGGAGGUGGUCCACCAAGAGACAUGCAUGAUGAGCGAUACUACGAUGGACCUCUACCGCCUGCACACAUGGGAGGCCCGCCACCACCGGGUGCAUAUGGCAAUAUGCCGGGACAUGGAGGAGGAAAGAUGCCAUCAGGAGCAGGAGCAGGAUUCCCUCCUGGGCAUAUGAUGGGUUCGCCAGGUCAGCCUGUUUCUCAACAAUUGGGACCUGCCCCACCACCGCCUCCAAUGAAUCAUCCAAUGCAUGGACCACCAGGUAGUUUCCCACCAAAUCGCAGAUCGGAUGCCAUCUAUCCUCAUUAAUCUUGUACACCUAUCAACUUUCACAGCACUUUUCACACAGCUGCCUCUUUUUUUGUAUAUAUAAAAUCGCAAUUGAU